AUUAUAGACUUACUGGUCUAGAAACAUAAGUGGUGUUAGUGUAAGUGGCCAAAGCUAACCGGGCAGCCAGAGAGCAGAUCUAAGUUUGUAUGGUGCAGAGUCAUCUCCUUAGAAGAAUUGCUGUGGUUGUGCCAGUUUACUUCACCUCGUCAGCAGCAGCUGCUAGUUUUUUUUUUUUGUGACCAGCAGCUGUUUUACGUGUCUCUUACUUAGUUCGGAAAUCUGAUUUCUUGAUAGAAGGCAAGGUACCAGCGAGGUACCAGCCCAAUAUGUAUACCAUCACCAAGGGUCCUAGCAAGUUGGUUACUCAGAGGAGGACAGGUCCCUUGUCAUCGCAACCGGUUGAAAGUAAAGUGGUUGCCGGGAAUCAAAAGAUAAAGCCGGUGGCGAAACCAGAGUCCACUUGGAGUAAAUCCGCCACAAAACUGGUUUUUAAUCAGCUAAAUGGAAAACGAAAUCAGACACAAGCUUCAGUUAUCAACCAGGAGGAUGGAUACACAUUGGCACAUGAAGAGAAUGUUCGAUUUGUGUAUGAAGCAUGGCAGCAAGUUGAGGAACAGCUGGACACAGCUCAGCAUGUGGAGAACGGGCACGGACUUGUGCAGUAUGUGGACAAAACGCCGGAGCCUAGUUUGAAGAAUUUUGUUCCUUUUGACCUGGAGGAAUGGUGGGCACAGAGGUUUUUGGCCAACAUUGAAAACUGCUCAUAAAGACCAGUACCCAUGUGAUGCCCUGUGCCCACUUGAAUUGUGGACUGCUUCCUGCGCUGACUUUGUUGGAAUGGAAGCUAUGUAUGGAAUCAAGUCUAGAUGUGGCUUGGAGUGGUCUUGAUUUCUUGAAUUCCAGGCAGAUACUGGCAGUAUGGAUUGUAUAUCCUGUGGGAGAUGAUGUCCAACUUCUCCUUGUUGCUGCAGAGUCAACUGGAUGUUCAAAACUAACCGCAUGGGAGAGAGUUAUUUCUUUCCAAAGUUGUCGAAUGAUGCCAUUCCCAACAGACUUGAACCAGAACUGACUAAUACCAGUUAGUGUUUACUAAUUACCUUAUGAAGGGCUGAUAUUUUUGUAGAGGUCUGGAUUCAGUGGAUGACAAUGCCUUGGGAUUUGCCUUUGCCAUUUCCAGCAAUUGGUUGUCAUUUUUUGUCUUUAUAUUCCAAGUGGUGUAGUGGGGUGCAGUCAGACCUUGCUAUGCCAGAAAUACAUUACUCCUUGCAGACAACAGCAGUCCUGCCAUCAAGGAUCUUACCUGACAAGCAGGAAGCACAUGGACAUCACUUCUGGGACAGUUGUUAGUGUUUUAUGCAUUCCAGAAUGUCAUUGCCAUCUGUGCCUAUUUAUGAAUUGCCAUUUCAGUGUUACCUGACAGAAGGCUGUGAAAAGCUCAGAGAAACUAAGGAGGACUCUGACUUAUUUGUAACCAGAAAGGCCUCUUUUCCUUCUAUAGCUUGGGUGCUGCUGUUGUCUGAGGUUUAUAAAAUGUGGCAUUGUGACAGGAGAGCAUUACUUAAUGAAAUGCUGUUCUGUAUCAUCUUGUACAAGAUUCAGUAUCCGGGUAAAGAUUUGCUUAGACCUGUCUGUAGGUUAUGCAAGGGUCUGUACAACAGAAAGCCAUCUUGAACAAAGAAAAGUGCCUUCUGUGUCUCUUUUGUGUUAGUGCACAUGCACACCUGUACCAUUACUGUUGUCUGUGAGUCUUCUGUAUUGAUAUUUUGAAAGUAA